AUGCUGGGUGAAAUUGUCUUCUCAACCGGACCUGGUGCCGAGGGCAUAUACAACAACUGCUUCUUCCUCGAGAGUGCAUGCUUCGUGUUGAUACUGGCGGCGCUCCACGAUAAAAGCGCCACUCGGCGCCACAUUCGGUAUAUCAACCGUGGCAUCCGCGCAUUGCGACAGAUCCACCCACGGGAGCCAAUAAUCAGCAUAAUUGCAGCAAUCGACGAGAUGCGCGGCAAAGUCGAGAUGCUGACGGGUCUACACGAACCCAUGUCUGCAAUGAUUAACAGCGACCAAGGACAAGCGAGUAUGAAUGCCGGCUUGAAGCCGGAAUACGUCGAUCCAGACGGCAUAUCCGCUGCUUCGGCGCCAGGAAUGUUGCCUGGUACAGACCCGAGCCAGCCGGACUUGGAGACGCCGCCGGGAUUUGGUUCCUUCGAGCAGCGUGCACCAAGCGUUUCAAGCGAUGUCCUGGACGCGUCUUGGCCGUCCAUGGACUGGAACUUUGACCUCUCGAACAUCGACCUCGAAUCCUUCGUCUCGGUCAUGGGGAACCAACAGGAUGCAAACUUUGGGUUGUUUUAA